CAGAUGGACGGAUCGGAGCCCAAGCGAAGAAAGGUCCGCAAGGGCACCCAAAACUGCUGGGAGUGCAGGCGGCGCAAGGUCCGUUGCAUCUUCGCGGCCACCGAGGCCGUCUGCGAGAACUGCAGGCGACGAGGGACGGCAUGCCUCAGCCAGGAGUACCCCGACGAGCCGAUGCCCUCUGCUGGUAGCAUUCCAGUAGAGACGAGGCUCGGCCGGGUCGAGCAACUCGUCGAGCGCCUGUAUGAGGAACUGUCCCGCGCUCUCACCGCAGCAUGGCCUAGCCAGCGCGACAUUGACAUCAUCUGCACACUCCCCGUUGGCCUUUCAGCGCAUCUUCAUGGCGGAAUAUGCACACCCUAUUCUAGCUCCAUGCGCUGGGACCCGCCCUCGCCUCGGGAGAUGCUGAAACUGCCCCCACCUGGUUCCCAUCCGGUGCUAAUUGCGCGCAAGCUUCUAGUGCUCGGCACGUUUCUUCAAGGUGUUCUCCCUUCUGCUAUCCAGGAAUUGACAGACCUGGGCUCCUCCUACCACGAUGUCAUGUCUCACGUCGUCGAAUCGGCCAUCAGACUUGUAACCACUAACGAAGAUCUUAUCCGCUCCGUCGAGGGCCUCGAGUGCAUCAUGAUCGAGGCUGAGUACCAGAACUAUGCCGGCAACCUCCACAGGGCGUGGAUGGCAAUGCGCCGAGCGACCACCGUUGCGCAGAUGAUGGCGCUUCACCGCGGUCUCAAUUCGCCGUCGCUGAAGAUUCUCACACAGGAAAUGCGAGCAAUCUUCAACCCGGACCAAAUCUGUUUUCGCCUGGUCGAAAUGGACCGCUAUCUUUCGCUCAUGCUGGGCCUGCCGUGCACUUCGCUCGAAGCACGCUUCGCAUCAUCAGAGUCAUUGAAAGGGUGCCAGCCCAUUGAUCGCAUGCAGCGCAUCCACUGCACUAUGGCUGACCGCAUCCUGCAGCGCAACGAAAAUAACCUAUCCGAAACCCAUGAUAUCGACACGCUAUUGCAGAAGGCUGCCGCCGAGAUGCCGCCCCAGUGGUGGCUGAUCCCCGAUCUCUCAGCUAGCAAUAUGGGCGGCACAGAGGUCCUCCACGAGACAAUUCGCCUCAUGGACCAGUUCAGCCACUAUCACCUGCUAAUACGGCUGCAUUUACCCUACAUGCUGCGCUCCUCUCCCGACCAUAGGUACGAUCAUAGCAAGAUCACUGCCGUCAACGUCAGCCGCGAGACUCUGGCCCGCUUUGUAGCCUUCCGCACCUCAAACCCUGCCCACUUCUACUGCCGUGGCACCGACUUUCUCGCCUUCAUUUCUACCACGGUCUUGUGCCUCGCCCAUCUUGAAUCCCGCGGCCGGCGUCAGGGUCUUGCCCUAAACUCGAACCCCGGCGCCGUCUUCAGCUUCCUCGCUCACAGCCGCCCCAGCGAUCGCGGCAUAAUGGAGCGCACUCUUGAGAUCAUCGAAUCCAUGGCCCGCGCUGGUACCGAUGCCAUCGCCUCCAAAAUCGCCCGCAUCCUCCGCCCUCUGCUUGCCAUCGAGGCUAACGCCGUCAGCGGCACUAGCUACAGUAUCAACUCUUCCACAGGUGACGAGGAAGAGCUUGAGUAUCACGGUAAGUUGUCGAACGGGGGUAAAGGUCUGCACGUCCACAUCCCCUACUUUGGUACCAUCAAUUUCGAGCGCGGCGCUAUCUCAAAGUCUUUUCCCGUCGGGGCAGGGGUUGCAGGUGUCGAAGAUGACGACUGGGACUUGCAGGGCGUCGACGUGGCCCUCUUUGAUAGCCUAUUUCGCGGAACGACAAUUCCAGAUGCAGUCGAAGAGGAAGCUUGGACACAGUGGGCGGGCAAUGGGUGAGGCGAUUGAGCAUCGCCGCUUGGUGAUUCGGCCUAACUACAGCCAGCGGAACGGCUUACUAAGCCCUCACACAUAGCAUAGUUAUAUAUAUAGU